UUGCCAUCCCUGAUCUUGGAUUGUUGUACUAUUUUUCUGACAUUUGAGCUCUGGUGUAAUAACUUCUGGAAUGAGUAUGUCAGGAUUCUUGUUCUUUUUCUUGGUUUACAUAUAUUAUUUUGUAUAAGAAUUCUGUAAAUUCGGUUUUAUCAACUCUUCAUAGGAGAAGAAACAAAGUUCCAAAGAGAUGAAGUGAUUUGAGUGGUUUGCCCAUCACACAGCUUGUAUGUCAAAGCAGGAGCUUGAACCUAGCUCUCCUGACUAUUUGCUUGUAAAUGUAUCACGAAGAGGCAGCUCAGAAUGAAGAAAGCAAGCAGGAGUGUUGGCUCAGUGCCUAAAGUGUCUGGGAUAAGCAAAACACAAACAGUAGAAAAAACUAAACCUGAAAACAGUUCUUCAGCAUCUGCAGGAGGCAAACUUGUAAAACCAGGAACAGCAGCAUCAUUGUCAAAGACCAAGAGCAGUGAUGACCUUUUAGCUGGAAUGGCUGGAGGGGUGACCGUGACUAAUGGUGUUAAAGGAAAGAAAAGUACCUACCCUUCCGCAGCAUCUUCAGCAUCUGCCCCUGCCAUGACCACCGUGGAGAACAAAUCCAAAAUUAGUACAGGCACAAGUUCUUCAACCAAGCGGAGCACUUCCACAGGUCAGGGAGCUAAUGAAGUGGCACUGGCUAAACGUUCCCGCAGUCGCACUGCUACGGAAUGUGAUGUUCGCAUGAGCAAGUCUAAAUCGGACAAUCAGAUCAGUGACAAAGCUGCUCUGGAAGCCAAAGUGAAAGAUCUUCUCACACUGGCAAAAACCAAAGACGUGGAAAUUUUGCAUUUGAGAAAUGAAUUACGAGACAUGCGUGCUCAAUUGGGCAUUAAUGAAGAACAUUCUGAGAGUGAUGAAAAAUCUGAGGAGAAGGAAGCCAUUAUUGUUCACCAGCCAACUGAUGUUGAGUCCACUUUAUUGCAGUUACAGGAACAGAACACUGCCAUCCGUGAAGAACUCAACCAACUGAAAAAUGAAAACAGAAUGUUAAAGGACAGGUUGAAUGCUUUGGGCUUUUCCCUAGAGCAGAGGUUAGACAAUUCUGAAAAAUUGUUUGGCUAUCAGUCCCUGAGCCCAGAAAUCGCCCCUGGUAACCAGAGCGAUGGAGGAGGGACUCUGACUUCUUCAGUGGAAGGUUCUGCCCCUGGGUCAGUGGAGGAUCUUUUGAGUCAGGAUGAAAACACCCUCAUGGACCAUCAGCACAGUAACUCUAUGGACAAUCUCGACAGCGAGUGCAGUGAGGUCUACCAGCCCCUCACGUCAAGCGAUGACGCCCUGGAUGCACCAUCGUCCUCAGAGUCAGAAGGCAUUCCCAGCACAGAGCGCUCUCGGAAGGGAAGCAGUGGGAAUGCUAGUGAAGUGUCAGUUGCUUGCUUGACAGAACGGAUACACCAGAUGGAAGAGAACCAACACAGUACGAGUGAGGAACUUCAGGCAACUCUGCAAGAGCUAGCUGAUUUACAACAGAUUACCCAAGAACUGAAUAGUGAAAACGAAAGGCUCGGAGAGGAGAAGGUUAUUCUGAUGGAGUCUUUAUGUCAGCAAAGUGAUAAGUUGGAGCACUUUAGCCGACAAAUUGAAUAUUUCCGCUCCCUUCUAGAUGAACAUCACAUUUCUUAUGUCAUAGAUGAAGAUGUAAAAAGUGGACGCUAUAUGGAAUUGGAACAACGUUAUAUGGAUCUAGCUGAGAAUGCCCGUUUUGAACGAGAGCAGCUCCUUGGUGUCCAGCAGCAUUUAAGUAAUACUUUGAAGAUGGCAGAACAGGACAAUAAAGAAGCUCAAGAAAUGAUAGGGGCACUCAAAGAACGUAAUCACCAUAUGGAGCGAAUUAUUGAGUCUGAGCAGAAGGGUAAAGCGGCCUUGGCAGCCACAUUAGAGGAGUACAAAGCCACAGUGGCCACUGACCAGAUCGAGAUGAACCGCCUAAAGGCCCAGCUGGAGAAUGAAAAACAGAAAGUGGCGGAGCUGUAUUCCAUCCAUAACUCGGGAGACAAAUCUGAUAUUCAGGAUCUCCUGGAGAGUGUCAGGCUGGACAAAGAAAAAGCAGAGACUUUGGCUAGUAGCCUACAGGAAGAUCUGGCUCAUACUCGAAAUGAUGCCAAUCGAUUGCAGGACACCAUUGCAAAGGUAGAAGAUGAAUACAGAGCCUUCCAAGAAGAAGCUAAAAAACAAAUAGAAGAUUUGAACAUGACAUUAGAAAAAUUAAGAUCAGAGCUGGAAGAAAAAGAGACAGAAAGGAGUGACAUGAAAGAAACCAUUUUUGAACUUGAAGAUGAAGUAGAACAACAUCGAGCCGUGAAACUUCAUGACAACCUCAUUAUUUCUGAUUUAGAAAAUACGGUUAAAAAACUCCAGGACCAAAAACAUGACAUGGAAAGAGAAAUCAAAACACUGCACAGGAGACUUCGGGAAGAAUCUGCAGAAUGGCGGCAGUUUCAAGCUGAUCUUCAGACUGCAGUGGUCAUUGCAAACGACAUUAAAUCUGAAGCCCAAGAGGAGAUUGGUGAUCUGAAGCGCCGGUUACAUGAGGCUCAGGAAAAAAAUGAGAAACUCACAAAAGAAUUGGAAGAAAUAAAGUCACGCAAGCAAGAGGAGGAGCGAGGCCGGGUGUAUAACUACAUGAAUGCUGUUGAGAGAGAUUUGGCAGCCUUAAGGCAAGGAAUGGGACUGAGUAGAAGAUCCUCGACUUCCUCUGAGCCAACCCCCACGGUAAAAACCCUGAUCAAGUCCUUCGACAGUGCAUCUCAAGUACCGAACCCUGCUGCAGCUACAAUUCCUCGAACACCUCUGAGUCCAAGUCCUAUGAAAACUCCCCCUGCAGCAGCUGUCUCCCCUAUGCAGAGACAUUCCAUAAGUGGACCAAUUUCUACAUCUAAACCCCUGACAGCCCUGUCAGAUAAGAGACCAAACUAUGGGGAAAUCCCUGUUCAAGAGCAUCUAUUAAGAACAUCUUCAACCAGCCGACCUGCUUCUCUGCCAAGAGUACCUGCCAUGGAAAGUGCCAAGACCAUCUCAGUGUCUCGACGAAGUAGUGAAGAGAUGAAGCGAGACAUCUCUGCACCUGAGGGAGCGUCACCUGCCUCUCUUAUGGCUAUGGGCACCACGUCACCACAGCUUUCCCUGUCCUCCUCUCCCACAGCAUCUGUGACCCCCACCACUCGAAGCCGGAUAAGGGAAGAAAGGAAGGAUCCUCUCUCAGCAUUGGCAAGAGAAUAUGGAGGAUCAAAGAGGAAUGCCUUGCUGAAGUGGUGUCAGAAGAAAACAGAAGGCUAUCAGAAUAUUGACAUUACUAACUUCAGCAGCAGCUGGAAUGACGGGCUGGCCUUCUGUGCUCUCCUGCAUACGUACCUUCCAGCCCAUAUCCCGUAUCAGGAACUGAACAGCCAAGAUAAGCGAAGGAACUUCACCCUGGCCUUCCAGGCAGCUGAGAGUGUCGGCAUUAAAUCCACACUGGACAUUAAUGAAAUGGUGCGAACUGAACGGCCUGAUUGGCAAAACGUGAUGCUGUAUGUGACGGCAAUCUACAAGUACUUCGAAACCUGAGCGUACCUGAAGGACCCUCCCCCGUUACCAAGUGACACCGACACCAUUUGCUCUGCGCCCCGUAAAGCUUUCAGUAACUCUCUAGGCUGCUCCGAAGCGUGUGAGCCUUCAGCCCAGGGCCUCCGACUUGGGAGAACUCAGCCUCUGUGUUCCAGCAGGCUCCGACCAGGCUCCUCCCACAUGACCUGUCUAGUCCGAGGUCAGUGUGGGCUCAGCACACAUCACGCACACUGAUUGCUGCUGGAGUUUUCCUUCUGAAGAGAAUAUUGAACUAUGUUAGUGCUGCGGGGUAUUUAAAAUAAGGUUUAUGAACAGCUAAACUUGGGAAAGGGGAUUAAAUUGUGUGGGCAGCUGACGGGUGAGUGACAGCUUCAGCCACAGCACUCCUGCCAGCUUGCCACGCGGGUCCUGUCACCGUGAGAACUGAUCAGUGCCCAACAGGUUCCUGCGUCCCAGCAUCAGGCUGGUGGACCUCCACCUUUUACGUGGGCUUGGUUUCAAAGCGUGUGUCACCCCAGCAGUGCACAGCAGGGCUGUCCCAGCCAACACGAUACACGUGUUUUCAGACUGAGCUAACAGGAUGAAGACUCACGUUCCCUGUCUGCUGCCACCGAGCAGUUCCUGCGGCUGGGCCUCUAUUGAUGGGAAGGACCCUGCGCUGCUCCGCCGGCCUGUCCUCCAGCCUAGAAGGGGCUUGGAAACCCAUUCUGACUUAGGUUUCUGGACAAGAGAAUUGAUCAUAAGGAAUUCUCUAAUUUAAAAACAUUUUUUUUCUCAUGAGCAAUAUUGAGGGAAAGUAGCUCCCGUUGUAGUAGCAUCAAAGUUAAAUUGUUUUAGUAAGCAUAGAGAUACAACACAAAAUCUGGACAUUAAUAUGGUGACAGCCGGAAUGACUUGGAAGUAGCAAGAGAAAAAAAAUAAACAACUUGAGGGAGCCCAGACAGUAUAAUUUAAAACCACUCUGAGUUGCCUACAUGUAAUCCUCCUGGAUGGGAAUUUAAGGAAGUGCCUUAACUCUCCUUGCAAAGGUGGCCACAACACAGAGGGUCUGGGAGGCCAGCUCAGCCCAGUGGUGCAGUUGGUCCCCUGCUGUGUAGCCCUCUCCAUGUCCCAGGCAACAGGCAGCCCGCCACAACCCCUUCUGCACAGUUUGAACCAAAGCCUUACUCUACAAGGUGUUCUGUUGACGUGACUCUCAGACUGGGACUCGGCCCUUCUUGGGUAUAGGGAGCCCGAUCUCAUGUGACCAUGACGCAGAGCUGUUGGCUUGAAUACAGCUGUGUUUAGCACCUGGAAAGGAGCAUGAGGAGGAGCUGCCACCAGUGGAAGCAGGACCGCUGCCUCAGCCACAGAUGCAAGGAGGGGACUCACAGAAGGCCGCCAGCCAGUGUGGGCCAAGGGUUCUGCAUUCAAGCAUGAUGUUCUAGACUAGGAGUUUGACAUGUCUGUAGCCUAGAAAACAAUGGUUAUUAUGAAACAGGCUGUGUGUGUAUGUGUGCAGCCUGCUGGCUGUGGUCACCAGGUGGCUGGUGAAUGCCCUUCCACCCUGUCCAGACCUCCCAACUUGGCUGCUCUGGCUGCUGCCUCAAUGGGAGGCUUUUUGUGAAAUGCCCACUUCUGGCUAAGAAAAGAGAAGAUGGUGAGCAGAGCCCCAGCCCCCAAGCACACGGGCAGACUUUGGUCGACACCUACCGAUCCCUGUCCUGCUGGCCCAGGUUCUGUUGUUGGUUGCUCUGUUGACAGGUGCUGUCCGCUGAGGGGCAGUUCCAGUGAGAAUGACCGUCCUGGCGUCUCCCCUCACUUGGUUCUUUGAGCCUCCCUUUUGCUCCCAUUCGCCCUCCCAGAGGCACCUGUCUGGACCUGGUGUCUCUGAUGUGCAGCCAUGGUUUGUGUUUAUUUAUUUGUCAGGGGGGCUGUCUUGUCCUAUGAAAAAGACUUUCUUGGGUCUGCAGUUCACACCUUUGCCCCUCCCUAGCCACAUGUGCCACCCCUGGCAGGUAGUGCUGUCUAGGGCCUGCAGUGUCUUGGAGGAGAAUAGCCACUGCCGACGGGCUUUGCCCUCAUGGCUGGCAUUGCCCAGAUUGUGCCCUGGGGCUGGUGACAGGGCAGAGGGUGGCCAAGGGGAGGGAUUGGUCCCAGGCACAGUCUGGGGACCCACCUGUCUCCCUGACAACAGAACGUGUGGGGGUACCUGGCCAGGCUGCCCACAUUUGCAUGUGGGUCCACAGGUGAGAAGAUUCCAGAAGCGUGACUUUUUGCUUUUUCUAAUAGGAUCCUUGUAACACUUGGCUUCGUGGGAUGAUUCUGGAUUGUCGCGCACACCUGAAGUGAUACUCUGAGGUGCUCUGAUUCAGUGGCACUUGAUGCAGAGCUUCCAGAAGUCAUUUUGCCUUGUUUCCUUUCGAGCAUAAGCUUUACUGCAAAAGGGCCAGUGACGUUUCUGUUUCUCUCACCCAUGGCCUUCUGCGGG